AGUUGUAUUUGCGGUACGGAUUAGACAAUCGGCCUCGACAACUGCUACCACCCGAAAAACUUGCAAUUUAUUCUUAUCUGAAGGGUUGGCAUACAAAUAAAGUUGUUCCAUUGAGAGAUAGAUAUAUAUCGAGAGAGUGUACAACAGCUGUCAAUUGUCGUAGGGAUUUUCGUCGAAUGUUGUUUUUGAUUGCGCUUUGCAAUCAACACGCAUAGAAAUUCCGACAAAAUUGCACUCGCGUUUGCUGUGUGGCUAAACUUCAAUUCGAAUUGCAAGACAACGAGUGAAUUUGAUUGUGGUUUAAAUGUGUGAUUGAAAAUCGGUGUAGCCAGCAAAAAUGUGGGAUUCAUCAAUGUUUCUUAGCACAUUAACACCGAAAUUUUAUGUUGCCCUCACCGGAACUUCUAGUCUUAUAUCUGGUUUGAUACUCAUAUUUGAAUGGUGGUAUUUUAGGAAGUAUGGCACCUCAUUUAUCGAACAAGUGUCAUUGAAUCACAUCAGCCCCUGGUUCAAUGGCGACACUGAUGAUGAAACAAGCACAACAAAUAAUCAACCCGUGCCCGAGUGCAAGGUAUGGCGAAAUCCAUUGAAUCUCUUUCGUGGAUCGGAGUAUCAGCGCUUUUAUUGGGCAGCUGCGAAAGAACCGCUCACCUAUUACGAUAUGAAUUUGAGUGCACAAGAUCAUCAGACAUUUUUUACAUGCGAAUGUGAUGCUGGCAAAGCCGAGUAUGAACUCAUGCAAACCGCUUGGCGUGAACGAAAUCCAGUGGUACGGAUCAAAACUGCACGCGAUGCGCUGAAAAUCAAUCCAGAGUGUGGACCUGCGUAUAUUUUAUUAGCAGAAGAGGAAGCAGUAACAAUAGCCGACGCUGAAAAGUAUUUGCGACACGCACUGAGGGUGGCCGAAUUGAAUUAUCGAAAAUCCCAAGCGUUGCAGCAUCAAGGACCACUUGCCGAAGCGGCACAUCGUCGCGAUACAAACGUACUGAUUUACAUAAAACGUCGACUGGCCAUGUGCGCCAGAAAGUUGGGCCGUCUCAAAGAGGCGGUAAAAAUGUUCCGUGAUUUAACAAAAGAAAUACCACCGAUAAUGAACGUACUGAAUAUCCAUGAGAAUCUCAUUGAAGCUCUCUUAGAAAUGCAAGCGUACGCCGAUUGUCAGGCCGUGCUGGCAAAAUACGAUGACAUCUCAUUACCAAAAUCGGCAACCAUCUGUUAUACGGCCGCUCUGCUGAAAGCAAGAGCUGUCAGCGACAAAUUCUCACCGGAUAUUGCAUCGAAAAAGGGUUUGAGUGCGGCCGAAAUGAGUGCGGUUGAUGCGAUACACAGAGCUGUCGAAUUUAAUCCACACGUUCCUAAGUACCUACUGGAAAUGAAGUCAUUAAUCUUUCCACCCGAACAUAUUUUGAAGCGUGGCGAUUCGGAAGCCGUUUCCUAUGCAUUUUGUCACUUGGCCCAUUGGAAGAAUGUCGAAGGAGCACUGAAUUUGUUGCAUUGCACAUGGGAAGGAACAUUUCGAAUGCUUCCGUAUCCAUUGGAACGCGGACACCUAUUUUAUCCAUAUCCAACGUGCACCGAAUGCGCCGAUCGCGAACUCUUGCCAUCAUUUCAUGAAGUAUCCGUGUACCCGAAGAAAGAGCUACCAUUUUUCAUCAUUUUCACCGCCGGUCUCUGCUCAUUCACCGCAUUGUUGGCGUUGCUCACACAUCAAUAUCCUGAAUCGAUGGGCAAUAUGGCACAAACUCUACUUAAUUGGCUUGCGUUACCGUUUUACUUUGUAAAAGAGAUGUGGCCGUGCAGUUUAUUGCAGCAAAUAUAUCGAAUCUGAAUUUUAUUUAUUUUUUAACUGGUCACGAAUUCACAACCAUUAAAAAAAAAACAAAACAAAACAAAGGAAACAAACAUACACAAAUAAAUCAUCAUAAAUGAUUGAUUGAAAUGAACAAGUAAAACAAACAAACUAAAAACUAAGUUUGAAUUUCUGUAUUGAUAUUAUGCACUGUAUUUCUGUAUCUCAGUAAUAAAACUAAAUUAUUGAAAAUUUA